AUGUCUUCCAUCCAGUCCACCUUCUACGAGGUGAUUAACUACUUCCACAAGGAUGGGAAGGUGAACAGAGUCACCUUUGGCUUGGAUAAGCUUCCUUAUUCGUCGUACUUCCUUAGAUGGAGAUUUGCUGAUGUUCUUUUUGUAUUAAUUUUAUUUGUCUUGUACACCAUUACCUACUGGUUGGAACCAUUCCAACGUCAAUUCUUUAUCAAUGAUUUGACCAUUCUGCAUCCAUUUGCCGAGCAUGAACGUGUCCCAGAGGCUGCUCUUUUCUUUUAUGCCGUAUGGGUUCCCUUAUCGAUCGUUGGGAUCGUUUCAUUGAUUGCCACGAAACCAAAGAAUAAGCUUUAUGUUACAUUUAUAUCCCUUUUAGGUGUUACAAUUUCAGUGCUUCUUACUUCAGUUGUCACUGAUAUCUUGAAGAAUUUCAUUGGCCGUCAUCGUCCUGACUUUUUGAGUAGAUGUAUCCCUAAAAAGGAUGCUCCUAGAGAUAUAAUGGUGUUUGCUAAAGAUGUAUGUACCACGGACAAUAUGCACCGUUUGUUGGAUGGUUUCAGAACAACUCCUCUGGGUCAUUCUUCUAUAAGUUUUGCCGGUUUAGGAUAUCUCCUGUUCUGGCUCAGUGGCCAACUUAUCAUUACCAAUGAACAUCUGGGUCUGUGGAGAACAGUAGUGGCAUGGAUCCCUGCUUUCGGGGCUCUGCUCAUUGCCUUGAGUAGAACUGAAGAUUACCGUCAUCAUUUUAUAGAUAUAAUCAUUGGAAGUUUGAUUGGAUUCUCGAUUGCUUAUUGGUCUUACAGAAGAUUAUUUCCAAGUUUAUCUGACCCUAGAGCUUAUGAGCCCAAGCUAAUCAUCAGUGAAAAUCUUCAAGAGAGAGAGAGUUACGAUAGAUUAGAAGAACAGGUUUAA